UAUGUGCGAAGUAUCUAUGUCUGUAUAUAGGCUUCCAUUGUGGACAGAGUUAAAGAGAUACAGUGAUAAUUAUAAUUGUACAGUAUAGACUCUCGUUAAUCCGGCCACCCUUGGGACAGUGCAGCUUGGCCGGAAUAGCGAGGUGGCCGCAUUACAGAAAAUAGUCGCCGCUAAAAAACGACCUUACCUAUAGAAUCUAAUGACUAAUUUGCGGUUCUGUCUCCUCUUUGGAGACAUUACUUUCAAAAAGCCGAUGUACUCAUAUUUGUAGUGGAUAGCAACGACAGGGACAGGAUUGAAGAAUGCGAAGACAAGUGCAGAGGAUAAUAAAGGAUAAUAAAUCAUUCUGCUCUCUGUGUAAUCUGCGAAACCACACUCAAACGUCAUAUCCGACCGUAACUUGAUAAACGUAUAAAUUGAAAACCUUGUUUGGGGCAGCCACCCAGUAUACGGAAUAGCGAGUUAAGUGCCGCAUUUCAGGGCGAGUAUUGUCGCAGUGAACAUCUAGCUAGCAAUCCGUGCCAAUGCAACCAAGUAUAUCGAGGUGGCCGUACUUCAGAGAGCCGGAAUAGCGAGAGUCUACUGUAUACGUAUAUAUAAUUAUAUAAAGCUAAUGCUAUGAGAAUAGUAGAUAAACUCUAAUUCAUGUUGGGACAAUAAUUUUCGCCACUAAGAGAUACGCAGCUGAAAUGUAUCCUGACAAAGAAGUGUGGAAUUACGUUGAAUUGGCAGACGUGGCAUAUGGAACAGCUGGAAAGAUUGUUGUUCUACUUCUAAUGUUUGGUGUUCUUAUGCUGGUCGAUCCUAACCGGAAUAUCAUGAUCUUUGCCCGCGAUCAGCUGCAAGACACCAUCUUCCUAGCUCUAUUGGCUACUGGUCACAUCCCUGAAUGCUCACCACUCCUCAACUGUGGAGUGCUCAUGUGCAUAGCCUGCUUACCCAUGUUUUCAGUCAUCUUGUUAUGUAACCUUACAUGCACCCCAACCAGCAGUUUACUACGUUUCUUAGUAUCAUCUGUGUGUCCUUCGUUGCAAUGGCUAUAUGACUAUCGACACUGCUAUCUACUGGAAUACAUUUCCAAUUGUCAAUACCCACAACUCAACAAUUCAGCUCAUUCCUGUCGACUUUGUCGGAGCUAUUACUGCUAUGACGUACUGUAGCUCUUCAUUUAUUUGCCAUUUCAACGUGUUGAGACUCCAAAAAGAGUUGAACAAACCGGCAACUAAGUUGAGACGCUAUACAAUUAUCAUCACUGCUAUGUUAGUCGCCUACUUUCUCUACAAUGUGGUGGUCUUUGCUGGAUAUUUUAGAGUAAGCUACUACUAUGCUAUGUCCUGAUCCUCGUAGCUAUAUACCGCAGUUGAUGUAAGUUCAGUGUAUACAUACCUUCACUUUAUAGAUCUACCACAGUCAUUAUUAUUUUUAUCGGUGUCCAAGCCGUGAUCUAUAGAUAUAUAAAUUUUGUUGGUAACGGUAACACUCGCUACAUUACUAACAUUAUUACAUAAUUAUGUGUUUCUCUAUCUUUACUUUUUAUCAGUUCUUUGACGCUCUGAAGGAGAACGUAAUGCUAAACUACUCCACGGACAAUAUCUCAAUACAGCUGCACGAGUGGCUAUGUUCCUAACACUGGUUACUGUUUACCCUGUGAUCUUUCACCCAACCCGAAAAUUUUUCAACAAGUAAGAAAUAGUUUACCCCGCUGAAUGCUGAUAUAAUUUGUACAUGGGCAGUGCACUGGCAUUAAUCAAGGAAACAAUCAGUAAUCAGAAUUAAGUCCGAGAUCACCAAUUCUCCUUCUACCAGCUCUACUACUCGUGAUAUAGACACGAAAGUUUGUUGUUCGAUUGCCAUAGGUGACAUAAUUUAUAAUACAUGUUUAUUGUCCAUUGCAGAUACCAGCAAUACUGUGGUUUUGUGAAACUUGCAUACUUUUUGCUGUUUUAUUUUUGUCAGCUGCAUUUGUCAAAUUAAUGUUAGGAUUUUAUGACAUGCAUAGUAACAUGAUGUUUAACAUCAUACAUGUAACCAUAUAGCGGGUUAUAUUUGAGGCACCACAUUU